AUGUCACCACUUUUGGCGACUGAUUUUAGGCCUAUGGAUGAAAUUAACAACGACGUGCGUCGUACAUUUCCUGUGAUUUUUCAUGCGGCAGGUCAUGGGGUAGGCCUCACGAAGCUUGGUAAGUUGGGGAAUGGCGCUUUGGGGGCGCAGUGGCUCGUGCCAAUGCCGAAAAACCCCAACUUGGAAAGGAAGACCAUGGAAUACCUGGCAUCCAUUCUGUUUUUUGACCAAUAA